GUGGAAAAUACUCUGUCACAGAAUUAAAAAAGAAAAAGGAUUCCCUAAUGGCAUCGUUUAGGGCUUGUAAUAAUAAAGUUAAAGAAUCUACAAAAAGUGGAGCAGGUACAGAAGACAUAUAUAAACCAAAUUGGUUCGCUUACGAAAGAAUGGCCAGUUUCCUUCAAAAUAAGAAUGAGGCAAGGAAUACAAUAAAUUCAGAGAACCUCGCAUCACAGCUGUCGCAGGAUGAAACAACUCCGAACGAUGUAAGCGCUAACGGAAGUAAUCAUACUGAAAAUAUUCCUGACAACAUAAUUGAAAUAGAUGAAAAUAUCCUAAAUGAUGUCUUCCUUCAAGCGUCCUGCGCAGAAAAAGAAGAAAGUGACUGAAGAGGUUGAACUAAAAAGAAAAGUAGAUGAGGCAUAUACUAUUAUGCAAAGCAAUGCCCAAAAAAAUGCAAAAGGAAAAGAUUUCUGUGACAAAUAUGGGGAAUUGGUUGCUGAAAGAUUGAAACAGUUUGAUGAGAGAACUAGGGACAUUGCAAUACAUCGAAUUGAUAAUCUUCUUUUUGAAAUGAAAAUGAAUUUGAAUAUGCCACUAAAUUAUCAGCCGUUCAUGCCUACUAAUAAUUAAAAUGUAACUGUUUCAACUUCUGUGAACCCGCAAUGUAGUCCAUUAUCAUCGCCUUCUGAAUCAUCGUUUAGUAGUCGUCAAUCUUCUACCAACUUUGCCAUUGGACUUUCCCAACCACCAUCACCUUAUCAAACUUCUGCGACGUUUCAAGAAACUCAACAAUGUUCCCCAUCUGAUGAGUCACAAUUUGAAAGUUUGAAGCAGUGUUAUACAAGUUUCAGAUAAAAUUAUAAACAUUUGAUAUGUAC